CGGCAGGCGCGUGCGGCGACGCCUCCAACGCGGAAGUGUGGUGUCAACAAUAAAGAGAGCACCGGAGAAUAGCAGAAAUUACCUGUCUGUCCCCCCCAGACUCAAGAUGUGUGGCAAUUCUGGCAAUGGGUCCAAUAACACCAAUGACACUUGGUACUAUGUCAUCAAAUUUGCGCUCUUUACCUACUGCUUCUUCUGGUUGACCAUAGGCAGCGCCCUUCUAGCCAUUGGGAUCUAUGCUGAGGUGGAGAGGCAGCGUUACAAGUCGCUGCAUGGAGCGUUUUUGGCCCCUUCCAUCAUCCUGAUCCUGCAGGGAUUAGUCAUGUUUGUUGUGUCCCUCAUUGGAGCCAUUGGUUCAUUAAGGGACAACCGAGCAUUGCUGAAGACGUUCAUGUAUACCCUGGCAGUGUGUUUAGUCGUGCAGCUGCUUGGUGGAAUCGUGGUAUUGGUGCUUCGCACCCAGACAACGGAGGUAUUUAGCAAGGUUGCCCGGAAGGGCAUGAAGAACUACUAUGAUGACCUGGACUUCAAAAACAUCAUGGACUAUGUUCAAAAGAAGUUUCGCUGUUGUGGGGCACAAGAUUUUAAGGACUGGAAAGUCAAUAUGUAUCACAACUGCUCUGCACCCGGCCCGCUGGCCUGUGGAGUCCCGCACACCUGCUGUUUCACUUCUAAGCCUGGUGAAGUGGUAAACACCUUUUGUGGCUACAAAGCUUUGGAAAAAGAGCACCCUGAUAACAUCUACGUCGUGGGCUGCACUGAUGCGUUCCUGUCGUGGGUGAAAGAUAACUUCGUACUUGCAGGAGGAUUUUUGUUGGGGAUCUUAGUGCCUCAGAUAUUCGGCAUUGUUUGCAGCUGGCUUUAUAUCCCGAAAACCAGGGAUUUUGAGUAUAGCGGUGAUAGAGAUCCAAAAGGUAUCUUAAAAAUGUUCCUCCCAGUUAAGAGUACAAACACUGAUCCUUGAUAUGUUCAGUGUAGAGACAGUGGGGGUUUUGUGAGAGUUUAAUAUUCUCUCUCUAAAUUCUGUGUUUUCUGUUGUAUUGAUAUUUUUCAAUUUAAAAGGGCAAAUAAAAGUGUGCUUUUCAGCUGCAUUUUGCCUUAAACCACCUCAGGGAUUUACCAAAAAUACCAAAACAACCAAUGUCUACCUGUUUGUAUACCGUUCCUGUCUAUCGACACUAUGGUGCCACCUGUGAUGCUGUUUUAAAGACCAAAACUUCAAACAACAUAGUUUCUGAUAAGGUUUUAAACUUUUUCUUCUUUUUUUUUACUUUUUACUGGUGUCGAUAUGACCAUGCUCACAGGGAUACGCUGAUGCCACUGUAUAAUCAUAAAAUCUAAUAUUCCAUAAAAGUAUAGUUUCUGGCCUUAUAUAGAAGAUGACUGACAAUUUACAAAAUAAACUUCUUUAUCUGAUGAAUUUUUAUCAGUCUUUGGUUAAAACACACUACAGUGACUAUGCAGCAGGAAUUCGUUGUUUUGCAUGCAUAAACAAAAGCAUUGCAGGGUUGAGAAGCAAAACUAUGCAAAGAAAAUGUGUCGUUAUAGAAAUGUGUCGUCAUAGAAACCCAUUUGGUGAAACAAACAUCAUAUGUUCUUAACACCUUUAAAAAUUAUACUUUACAGGUUGCCUUAAUAUACCUCCUCCUGUAUUUUGUAGUAGUUUCAUGUUGACGACGUAACUGAAAAUGUUAAAGUUUGUGUGUGGGUUUUUUGUUGUUGUUGUUGUUUUUUUACUGUAACCUUUGGGGAUUGUGGGGCGUUUGUUGCUUGGAUAGAUGUAGAAGGGUUACUUGUUUUGGGGAUCUUAAGUUUGGUGUAAGUUUUAAUCAUUUUAAGUUUGAUUUUACUUUUCAGUUUUGAUGCAAACAUUUAACAACAACCUUAAAACAAACUGUGACAUACUUUUUUUAAAAUUAGACUUCAGUCAAGCAUGAGAAGAACUCCUGAAUAGUAAGGCUGCAUAUUGGUGUUGAUCAUAACAUCAAUAUUUGCUCAACAACUCAACUCGUGUGGUCUGUGAGCAAAACAGCAGUUAACCGUCCUGCUUUAAAACUAAAGAAAAUGAAUGAAAGUUGUAGAUUUUUUUGAAAUUCUGCAUAAGUAUGUCUAUUCCCCAAAUUAGACUUCUUAAUAUGACAAUAUUUAAUCUGCUUUUAGAUAGACAAAUUAAAAAAAUAAUUUAAAAGAAAUGUUUAAUUGACAUGGAAAUAUAUUAAAUAUCUAUUCUGUAAAAGUUCAUAUGCAAAUGAUAUGCUUGCUGUGAAAUAUGCUGAAAAUGUGUUUAGAGUAUUCUUCUGGUGGUUAAAGCACUUCCAUUUGGAUCAAAUUGUUAGUUUUUAUCAAUACUUUUCUGACCUGAGUAAUUCUGUAUAUCAACUGUUAAAUGACUGUAUGUGGAGGAGCUACAGCCUCUUCAUCUAGUCAUCAUCAGUCUGAACAUGUAAUUAAGUUUUAUUUUUACUUUUUAUGGUGGAAGAUAAAAUCAUUAAAGCGGUUGAAAAUUGCUGUUUUCUUUCUUUGAGUUGUCAUUUCUGUAAAAGAAUAUUUAGUGUUUGGACACAGUAAAUAAAUGAUGGAUGACAUCACACUGUG